UAAUCAGUAUAUUGCAAGUGGAAAAUUGCCAGCAGCUGCUUGGUUCCCUAUAUAAGAGAAGCACAGGCAGCCACUCAGAACACAAGUUCAAAGACAAGAAAGCCUCUCUUUCAAUUCAUCAAUCUCAACUAAGAACAAUCCGAUCCUCAUAAAGGAUUGCAAAAUGGAAUCGAAGCCAAGUUUGGAGAGCUCAAAGAACAAGGACAAGGAGCAGGGCAAUAAGGACAAGUCUUUGUACAGGUUAGGUGCAAUUGUUGCCGGUGCUGCUACAGGAAUUGGUCUGCUGGCUUGGGGUUUAUCUGCACUUUCUUCAUCAGCUGGUUCAGAGUCAGAGGAAAAGAAGAAACCAAUGAAAGCUCCUGGUUCACAGUCAGAGGAAAAGAAGAAACCAAUGAAAGCUCCUGGAAAAGAUGAAAUCAUAGAGAGGGAAGAGUUUGAGCGAGAUCCUAAAGGCUAUUUCAGAGCCUUGCGCGAUAAGUAGGAACUUCUCUUGAACCGUUGAACGUAUGAUAUUAUAGCUUUACUUUUGUGAAUCUAUCUUAUGUGCAUUUUCCCUAUAUAUGUUAUUAAACUAUCCUAAUGGGAACUUGCAGUUGUUGUCUUGUAGAUGGGGAUUAUAGUUAUUUCAUAUCGUGAUUAGGGCUUUUGCUUUCUAUUUUAAUUUCUGAUGUUUCAUCGGUUAAUGGUAAUCGAAUUCAAAACUUG